AUGGGGGGCAAGAGCACCUUGCUGAGACAGACGGCCCUGUGCGUGAUUUUGGCGCAGGUGGGAUCGUAUGUCCCAGCCUCGGAGUGCGUCUUAACUCCUGUGGACAGGAUUUUCUCUCGGCUGGGCGCCGAAGAUUUUAUUCUGCAGGGCAGCAGCACUUUCUUUGUGGAGCUCUCGGACAUCGCGGAACUCACUACCUACGGCACGCGCUACUCGCUGGCCUUAAUAGACGAACUCGGGCGAGGGACUUCGACGAGCGACGGGCUGGCGAUUGCGUUAUCGACGGCUACGCACAUAGCGGACUCUAUAAAGUGCCGCACGCUCUUCGCCACUCACUACCACAUGCUUUGCUACGAGCUGCGGCAGCACCCAGGAGUCUCUAACGUGCACUUGGGGGCCACGGUGACAGCAGCAGCAGCAGCAACACCAGCAGCAGCAGCAGCAACACCAGCAGCAGCAGCAGCGGCAGCAGCAACAGCAGGGACUGUCUCCUUCGAAUAUAAAGUCAGAGAGGGCAUCUGCCCCUACUCCCACGGGCUGCUUGUCGCCAAACUCGCUGGAGUGCCGCAGCACUCCCAUUUGCUGCAGCAGCAAACAGCGCAGCAGCAGCGAGACGCGCGUCUCCGGUCUGUUGCUGCUGCGCUGCUGCGAGCUGCUGCUGAGGACCCCACAGCUUUGGAGUGUAUGUACACCCGGUACAGGGCGGAG